AGGUCGCACUGCAGGUUGCUCGGCACCCUGUACUGUACUUUUCUUCAGUCAAGCACAUAUAACGCCAUCUACGUUGCAGAGAGAGUUUUCUGUAACGCCUUCUUACAUGAAUGAUAGUGCUCUCAAGCGUAAUCCUUCUCAUGAAUCUUGCGACAUGGAAAAGGUCAAGGGACUGAUUCCAGAAUCGGAAGAGGAAGAGCUAUUAAAUCCCAACGAAGCUGCUCUUGAGAUACUUAUUGUUGAUCUCAACCGGACACUGUAUGCAGCUUUCCUUACCGGGUCAAUUUGGUUCAACGCGCCAGGACUAGAUUCCCCUGUCAACGAUGGUGUCCCUACGCACGAUUCCCAAACGCCUUCACUACGUCAUAAGCUCUCGUGCGGACUCUUCUUUGUCGGCAGCUCACUGAGUUUCUGCGUCGCAUUCCUCAUCGUUUUGGGCAAGAUCCUGAUGCGCCAGCACACGCUCACUCUGAAGCCGCCACCUCCUUAUGGCCCUCGUCGCCUCCCCAAGUAUAAGGCUCAACGUCUACGUGCGAUACUGGCAUCCAUGCCUGCAUGGUUCAUGAAACUUUUGAAGUCACUGCAGUCUAUCUUUCCAUUCAUCCAGUUUAUGAUUACCAUGACGCUACUCGCGCUCGACCGGUUCUUUUAGUAUAUCACCCUUCCAACGGCUCUUGCCAAUUGUUCUUUCACUCUCUUGAUUUGGGAACGAUUCUUCAUAUCGUCUGGUUUUCUGAAAUGUUUACCGACGCUAUCCUUCACCCUGAGGCUCCGAAUUGUUAUUGUUAAAUGAAGCGUGUUGGGUCUUGAGCACUUCAGCGAUCGUCUUUCCCGGGCCAGUUCGAUUUCUUUUCACUGUAUUCAUCAGGCGCCAUAUGCAAUCUUAUUUUAUUUACAUUAAUGCAUCGUACGUAUUGUCAAACAAUAUAAAUCAUCUUGAUAGAAACGAA